GGCACAUCCCACGAUCUUCUCACUGCAGGGAGGGGGCGAGGGGAACCAUUCAACGCAUUCAGAGAUGAGGUGGUGUUGAACGCCCACGUGUGACAAUCAGGGAAAGUUAUCGCGUACCGCGAAUAGAAUAGGGUUUCCACUCUGUUUUCCUCAUGCAACCAAACUUCGCGCACGAGCACGAGGCAUGCAUCUUGAUAUGCUCGUCGAUCCGGUACCCGAGGAUUAGAAUUGAGUGGAAUGUCUUCGGCGUUCCAAGGAUACUGGGAAUCUUGUAUAGAGGCUUGUACACCACGACAUCAUCGUGCUUUCGGAUUGUGUUACUUUUGUGUUUGACGGUAAAUCUUGGAAGUGGAGCGGGGGGAGGUUGGAGUAUGAGUUAUUAUCAUGACAUAUGUGGAUUCAUUCAUCGUAUUUGGGGUAUACGGAACAUGUCGAAGGUGUACUAGGUACUUUGCUUAGAGUACCUGGUUCGUUUCUAAUGAAGUCCAAUCUCAUACUAGUACCAUACUUUGUGUAUCUGUGCGUAGACAAUUACUCG